AACAUUCGGAAUUGAAUUCACAGUCUGUUCGGUAUAAACACUCGAAAGAAAAAAUCACAAAAAUGUCCUUGAAAGUAUUGAUUUUAUUUGGCCUUUUGAGCGCAGUUCUAGCUUAUCCCAGAGAUGAUCGACAGGAUCCGUGGCGCCAAAACCCACAGCCGCCCCAAAGACAGCCUCAGUUCAAUUUACAGGGAGGUGGUAGUCCUAAACAAGGCAUAGAUUUGAGCCUUGACACACGUGUGCCCGUCUGGCAAAGCCCCAAUGGUCGACACGAAUUCGAUGCCACUGGACAGUACUCGCAACAUUUGGGCGGACGAUAUGGCAAUAGCCCUCCUAAUUGGGGAGUGGGUGGCCAGUACACUUUUAGGUUUUAAAUCUACUGCAAAAUGAAUAUCAUUGUAUUAAAUUAUACUUAAAGUGUUAACAGUUAUAAAAGUUUUAAUGUCAUUAAAAAAUUAAUAAAGAAGUAAACCAGUUUUAGAUACUA